UCGCCAAAAAAACCUCACCUUCUCUGAGAUCCCUGUCCUGCUUCAGGUGAGGGGGAAAAAAUCUUGAUGUAGGGAAUGAGUGUGUGACCCGGCAAAAGAGUGCAUUCCUUUAUGUAAGGAACAUGUGAUUGUAUUUAUGCUCUGAAGAUUGGGAUAUUUUAUUCCUGUGUGAUUAUAAAAUCGUUUGCAGUUGAUUUUUGUUAUUUGGUUUAAAAUAAUUCUUUUGUGUGUUUACAAGAUUUGUUUUCGGGUAUCUAUAAAUUAGAAAACAGUAAUGAAGCAUAAUUUCCAGAAGUUUCUGGUAAUUUCUGUGCUUGCUCUGGUGCUUGUACACGAGAAUGGUGACGCCGCAUCUGUUGUUGAGGUGGACUCCGAUGUCCGGUCAUCCAUUGAAGAGUUCUUGAAGACCAAGAGCAAGUUAAGGAUGGACGACGACAAACCCCUCAAGGUGAAUGCUAACAGCAUUCCCGUUACAGAAACAAAGAAGAAGAAACACCACAAACUGGAACUGGCCGAAGAAGCUCUUAGAUUAAUUUACCACGAACUUUACGAGAUGGUUAAUUUCACAGAACAUUCGAAUAUCUCUGAAAUACUAAGCAGGUCCAGAGGUCUAAGUGCACGACAGAGCUUCUUUAGUAAUGGUCUCAAUAGUGUCUCUGAAUACAUGAUGUCCUUGGUGGAAAACAAGUUGGAGGAUUGGCCAAGUCUGCCUAGAUUAGAAGCACAGGAAUGCAUGAAAAGAAGCGUUUGUGAAGCUCAUAAUCAGCCUAAGAAAUAUGGCCUUAUAGGUCUUGUUUUACAGUUGCUUUUCCCACCCUAUAAAAAUGCAGAAGAUCCAAGCAAUGUUGUGUCUAAAUAUCAAUUAGCAGCCCGAUAUGGUCGCCAAAGUAACGCCAACUGUGGAGUGCAGUAUGAUGGAUGCAUGCUAAACUUAUUGGACAUAAUUCAAGCUUUUGUAAAUGCUUUUAUACGAUGAAAAAAAGUUUUUGUUAAAAGAACUUCGCUCAAAUGAUCAUUUCCCUUGACAGAUUGUAGUAAUUAUUAUAAUUAACCCGCUAAAAGACGUUACAUUUAUUGUUGUUAACGUAAUUGAUUUUUAAACAUUCUAAGUUUUAAUGAUAUAUUCAUAAAAAGCACAAAUUACUAAAUUAGAAAAACAUUUUGCAAUGCAAUAUGAAUUCGAGUGAAGCAAAUGAGCUUCAAAAUGUCUGAAAAAUGUAAAUUAAAGCUGUCGGUUUGAAAACAUUAUCUAAUAAACAGGAAGAAUUUUUCUUCUUUUUUCGAAGAAAAUGUAAAUAUACAUAAUUAUUCAGUAUUAUUACUAAUCUUAUAAAUAUUAAAUCAACAUCGUUUAAGGGGUUUAAUAAGUAACAUCUCUUUAAGCAUUUUUUCCCUGAAGUAAUUUGAAAUUGCUUAAAGUUGAAAUAUUUUCGAAAUUUACAUAUAAAAUUGAAAAUAAUGAAAACUUAUUUAUCUCGACAAAAUGCAAAUUUUUUUUCUUUUUCUAAGUCUAAAAAAUGUAAAUAUAUUUCAUGUAUUUUAUUAUAUUUCUUUAGUUAUGUUUAACUUUUGAUUUUUGCAAAACAUUUUUUAGGAUGUUUUGAGUCAAUUUUUAAGUAAAUAUAUGCUAGAGUAAUAUUUUGAUAAAAUCAGCAAAUGUGUAUAAUUAAUUAAUUUCUCAAUAGCAUUUUGGCAACUAAAAUUUAAUAGCAAUCUUUGUUUUUAAAUAUAGAGUAUAAGCAAUCAAUUAAAAAAAACACAAUAUAAUAAUAAUAUAAAUUUCCAUAAAUGAAUACAUACUAGUUUUUUCAUAUAAAAUUUUCAUUUCAUAACUAUUUAUUAUUUUUAAAGCGUACAUUGUAUUUAUUUAUUAUUUUGGAAGCAUAUAACUGCUUUUAUGAUCAUGAUUAAGUAGUUUUCAAUCAUGUUUCAGUAAGGUAUUCUGGGACUAUGCUUUUAAUAUGGUAUGUUUGUAUUCUGAAUGAAUUGGGCGAUUUAUUUUGAAUGAAAAAUUCAUUUUUUAAAUUUUAUAUUUCCUCUUUAGGCUUUUAGAAGCAUCGAACAAAAAUUCUUUUACUUUGCUUGAUGUAGCUAACGAUAUCUUAAAUGUCUGUAAAGCUUUUUCUAUAAUGAAUGUUUGCUAUAAGGUUCUAUAUGCUAUAUAUAGUCAGUCAUUACAAAAUACCGUCAAUUCACUUACUCUUCGCCAUUUUAUAUCUAUUUGUGUUCUUUCAUUUAUUUAUGUUCUGUGUUAUUUAUAAAUUGUAUUUGUUUUAAAUACAAAUGAAUCCAUUGUAAUUGUAUGAAUAAACGUUUCCGUAUUUUUUAA